AUGGAUCCCAACUCUGCGGGCUACAUGUACCCCGUCACCAGCCAGCCGUCGUUUUAUCCGCCCUCGUACCCCCCGUCCAAGCCGCCAUCCCAGCACCAACACCAGCAGCAGUCGUUUACGGUGCCACUGCAGAUGGGCGACCCUGUGGGAGGAGCUAUGAUGCCAUCUGGUUUCCCCCAGCAGUCCCCAGCAGGAACCUCCCAAGCAGACUUCUCCUCUAUACCAUUUACGCGACCGGGCCAGUUCCCUAUGAUGCACGCAACCUCUACCGCCGGGAUGCCAACCACCACUGUUGCGCAGACCCUUCCACAAAACAUGGCGAGCACCAUGGCCAACACGAUGCUGACUGCGCCGCAAAGACCAGGGAUACACCCAUCGCUACCACAACAACAACAACAACAACAACAACAGCAGCAGCAGCCGCCGCCGCCGCAACCACAGCCACAACAGCAGAAUUCGCCGCAAGCGACGGCUGCGCAGGCUCAGGCAAUAGCACGCGAGAAAGCACGAGUCGCCGUCCUAUUGGAGAUCAACUCGUUGCUGCUGGAAGAAGUCAUCAGUCUACAAGCGAACGGCAAGGCGGGCGGCCCCGCGCCGCCGCCGCAGCAACAGUCCGGGGCUGCCCCAGACUCCAACAACCCAUCUCCCACAUCAGAGCAGCCGACCGAGGCGGCCAAAGGGCCGGCGCUGAAGCCGAGUCAGGAAUAUCUCGAGUGCAUGCGUCGACUGCAGGCCAAUCUCUCCUACCUGGCCAACAUCGCCGAUCGAGCGAAGAAGUCCGGCGGCAUUCCGCCCACUGCGCCCGCUAUCAUGAUUCCGCCGCCCAACAUGCCGUCGCUCAACGACGUCUACCGAAAGCUGAACGAGCUGUUCCCCAAGCCCGGCCGUAGCCCGGCCAUGGGGACUCCACAGUACCGGCCGCCCGGCCUGCAGCAGCUCGCUCAAGGCAACGGCCAACCGAGCCCGUCCCCCGCUGCCGAGUCUGUCUGA